CUGUUCCACUGUUUACGAUUUCAUUUUCAAGCUCGGCAAAAGUUUGGUCCACUCAACUACCUUUUCCCUUGCAAAUCUGCAAUGCCAUUGCCUGUGAAGCCUCCUUCCACCACCAACCUGUUCUCUUUAAGCUAACCAUCGCCUCCCGUUUCCUUUGCCAUGUACACUUGCAAACUCUGGCUGCCAGCUGAAGGUACCGGACCAGUGGUAGGCUGGUAGCUCAGUGCCUGCCACCAACCAGAGCCAGAGCCAUGGGGGCCAGCCUGAGCCUCGUGCCGGUGCUCGACUACUUCGCCCGCCGCGAGUGCCUCGGCGCCGGCCUCCACCAGAACGCCGUCACGCUCCCGUACCCCGACGGCGGCGCCGGUGCGACUUGCACCGUCCAGUACUGGGCUCCGGAGGGGGAGCCGCAGCUCCCUCCACUCCUGCUGGUCCACGGCUUCGGUCCUCGGGCCGACUGGCAGUGGCGCUGCCAGGUGGGACCGCUCUCGCGCCACUUCCACGUCAUCGUCCCCGACCUCCUGGGCUUCGGCGGCAGCUCGUACCCGUUCGAGACGGCGCCGCCGCCGACGGAGGCGACGCAGGCCGCGGUGCUGGCGGCGCUGCUAGACGCGCUGCCAGGGAUGGAGGGCCGGCGCGUGGCCGUGGCCGGCACCAGCUACGGCGGGUUCGUGUCCUACUGGCUGGCGCGCGCCGCGGGGGCCGCGAGGGUCGGCCCCGUGGUGAUCGCGAGCUCCGACCUGCUCAAGACGGCCGCCGACGACAGGGCGUUCCUGAAGCGCGCCGGCGAAGGGUGGGGCGGCGUGGACGAGAUCCUCCUCCCCGCCGAGCCCGCCGCGCUGCGGAAGCUCCUGGAGCUGGCAUCCUACCGCCCGCCGCCGCGGCUGAUGACGCCGGACUUCCUGCUCCGUGACUUCAUCAAGAAACUUUUCACGGAGAACAGGGAGCGGCUUGUUCACCUCCUGAAGGGAAUUACGGUCGGCACAGAUAAAUUCCAAGUGACACCGAUACCUCAGGACGUGCUGAUUGUGUGGGGAGACCACGACCAGCUGUUCCCGGUGGAAAAGGCGUUUGCAGUUCAGAGGGCUCUGAACGGGAGCGCUAGACUGGAGGUCAUAAAGAAGACAGGCCACGCUCCUCAGCUGGAGGAUCCUGCUCGCUUCAACAAGGUCAUGCUGGACUUCUUGCUGGCUUCUCACAAGCCUGAUGAUCCAUCGGUUAAUCCUAGCUCGCAGUAAGCUGCACUGCAUUGGUGAUUGGUUUAUGUAGCCGACUCGAUUGUUUGUAAUAAGAUCGCUGUACAAUCAGUUUCAGUCAAUUCAAUGGUACAGAUUUGAAUGUGCUUC